AUGUAACCAACUGAUGCCAAGACUUUCAAGCCACUUAAGCAAAUUGAUAAAAACUAGAGAGGAUAUGGUUUAAAAUAAAUUGCCAAAAUGACUCUUGGUUCAGGCAAUAUGUUGUUGGCAGUAGAAUUGCCUAAUGGAGAAGAUUUGAAUGAAUGGUUGGCUGUCAAUACAAUCGAAUUUUAUAAUGAGAUAUCAAUUCUGUAUGGAACACUAGUAGAAUUCUGCAAUCCUGAACUUUGCCCAAUUAUGUCAGCAGGCCCAAAGUAAUUAUUGAAAUAAUUGUUUCAAGAUAUGAAUAUUUAUGGGCAGAUGGAUAGAACGUCAGAACUCCCCUUAAAGUUUCUGCCUCAGAAUAUAUUGACUAUUUAAUGACUUGGGUAGAGAACUAACUUAAUAAUGAUACCUUAUUUCCAUGUUAAAUUGGUAAUCAUACAAUGUUAUUAAGGAAUUCCAUUUCCUAACACAUUUUUAUCUGUUGUCAAAGUUAUUUUUAAGAGAUUAUUCAGAGUUUAUGCUCAUAUUUAUCACUCUCAUUUUUAGCAUAUUAUGGCACUUGAAUUGGAGUACCAUUUAAACACUUGUUUCAAACAUUUCAUCUAUUUCAUUGGUAUUGAUAUCCAUAGAAUUUAGAUGAGUUCAAAUUGGUUGAUAACAAAGAACUUGCACCAUUAGCAGAAUUGAUACAACAAUUUAAAGCAAGAAAAGAGAAUCCCACAAUGAAUUAGGGUGUUUGAUAGUUAAUGCAC